CAGUGAUCCACCUGCCUUGGCCUCCAAAAGUUCUGAGAUUACAGGUGUGAGCCACCACGCCUGGCCAAGUCUUAGGUAUUUUUAUGGAAUGAGGCAAGUUACUUAUUUUCAGAACCUCAGUUUUUCUUGUUUUUAAAAUGGGAAUAAUGUUUAUCAUAAAGAACUAAUAUUGGGGUUUAAAUUAGGAUAACAAAUAUAAAACAACUAGUGAAGUGUAGCACAAAUUAAGUAUUGGUUGCAUUUGUUUCACAAGAUUCCCUUUAGCACAGAUCUUUGUUUUUUUCUUUUAAAAAUCAUUAUUUCAGGAAGAAUGGGGUUGGGAGAAAUCUGGUCUACUGGGUAGUUUGGAAACGGAUCUUUAGGGAGAGGGCAUUUUUAGGGACCUGACUAAUUUACAGUAAAAAUGUCAGAGAGCAGGGUGUUUAGAAUCUCCAAGUGAAGACUUUGAAGAGUCUAAAGGGGACAAAAUAAGAAUUCUUACUUGUGCAAAGGCAGCAUGGUAGAGUGAAAACUAAAACAGACUGUGAAUUGAUCAAUUACUCAACAAAUUUAACAGCUAUUUAUUAUGCACCUAUUAUUUGCCAGGUACUGUUUGAUGCUUAGCAUAUAAGAUCCUUGCUCUCCCUCAGGGAGUUUACACUGUGGAGGUAGUGGGAAGACACAGACAAUAAAUACGAGAGAAGGUUGCAAAUACUUAGGGAUUAUGAAUGCUGUGGGGUAGGGUAGAAUAGGUAUCUAAGAGCUAGAUGAGCACUACUCAAAAUGUGGCCUGUGAUCAGUCUGAGAACUGUUUGCUUUUGGUCCUCUGUGAGAUAACUGAAAUUGAGAGUUUAUAGAAAUUUUUACAUCAAUCUGAUAAUGUAAUUUUAUGUCGAUUGAGUCAAAACAAUUAAGACUCAUUUUAUAUGCCUAUUUUAAAUUUCAUUUUUCAAGUAAUUCAUUGCCACCAUAUUUUACAACAGCAUUGAUCUAUAAUGGGUUGAAAAUAAAACACCAGUCUUUACUGUAUUCAUUUGAGCAGUGAGCUAGAUCAACAGUUGCCAUUGUUAGGACUUUUAGUAAGCGUGUUGUGGAGAUUUUCAGCUUGUUUUGAUGAAUUAAUUCACUCUCAAGUAAUUAGCUUAUUUGGCUUAAAAAUAUUUACAUCCAUGUUAUUUACACUAUAUUUUAUGUUGGACUGAACGAUUUUAGGUCUUUUGAUUUUCAAAUACUUUUAUUCAUGGUUGGAUGCAUGAUACAAGUAGGAAGAGACCAAAAUUAAAACUAUAAGGUAUAUAAUAAGUGAUUUCUUUUUUUAAUUUUUAACUUCUAGAUUCGGUUCUCAAUACUUAGAUUAUUUCUAAUAUAUUUUUUCUCAACUCAUAUUUUAUGAUCAGUAUAUGGUACUUAGAAAGCUCUUUUGAUAUAAGACCUUUCCUCCAACCAAGAGUUAAUUGAUAUGGUGUACACUGCAUGAAAUUAAAUCAUUAUGUUUGUUCCCAUCACUUCAUCUGCUGCUGGUGGGUUGUAGAUCCUGAGAAGAGAAUAUAGUUGUUUGAGAAAAUUUAUCGUUGAUAACCUAGGUAAUAUUUUUGAUUGUCUGUAUAAGUUCUACCAUUUGUAUUGAUAAAUAAUAACUUUGAGUCCCCUCAUUUAUAGCCCCAUUAUCUUUUUUAUGUAAUAGGGGUAACUUAAGAAUUAUGUUGAAGAUAGCUGAAAAUAAGAUUUAGAAAUACGGGAAAUAUUUUGGAUAACCCCUAGUUAGCAUUUUAAGUACUUCUUUUCAUUUUAUUAUUUCAGAUGUGGGACUAAAUUAGUUUCCGGAUUGUUAUUUUAAAAUGAAAUUUAAUAUAGCUAUAGCCUUAACGAAAAUGGUAAUGGAGUAGAAUUAUAUAUUAAUAGAUCAUAAAUUAACUACAAACUAAAUAAAAAUUUUUUAAAAAGGCCUUACAGAUAAUGACUCAACUCUUGCCUUGUCAUAUCUGGCCAGUGAAAACAAUACAUGAAUGAUACAGGUUUGAAAAGAAUGUGGCACAGACAGAAUAUUUUCUUGUGAAGACGUUCUUAAUUUAAUAUGCCUAGGUUUUGGUACUGAGCAUAUGCUUUGGUAAUAUUAACUAGUGGUAAAUGUGUUGAAUUGUUUAACCAUCAUAAUAGUGAUACUUGAAGGUACACAAUGCUUAUUAUUUGGUGAAAUGUUAAUAUACUUAUAAGAGCAAAUCUACUUAAUGAUGUUUACUAUUUAAUUGAUUGGUUAAAAUUUGAAAGGUAGUUGUAGAGUAGAAUGAGGAUAGCUUUUAGGUAAUGUGAAUUAUAAUUUGUAAAAUUUUUAAUGAUUGUUAAACAGCAGCCAUUGAAUUUACGUGGUCUGUGCCAUAAGUAAGCUAAGGCUUUUGAAUAUCUCUGAGAGUUAAAAAUAUUUUUAUUGUGGUGGGGGGUGGAAUUUCAGUUAUAUAAGAAUUAUAAAUUGGUUUUCUUUUAUUACCUGGAUUUGAAUUAUAUUAGUAAGUAGAUAACUAGAUAUAUUCUAGAACCAGUCAGUACAUGUUGGGGAACAAAUGGGGAGGGUUUACUCAGCAGUACUCUCCUUUAGUUUGGUCAUGAAAUGAGGACUGCUUUAUGUAAAUUGUUCUUACUGGCGCCAGCUAGCUGUAACUGCAGUCUGGCUGUGCUGGGGCAGCAAAUAAAAUGUGUCAUGGAUUUUCUGUUUGGAAUGUAUAAGAAUUCAGCCUUUUGGACUGAAAGAACAGAGUUGAUACAUUAGAAUAGCAGUAGUGAGACCACAAUUGACAGUGAAUAUGUGAAAUAGUGAGAAGCUAUAAGCCUUUUAAGCUUUUAGUUCUUUUAUAGAUUUAUGCCUAUUGAUACUAUUGGGUAAUAUGUGGGAGGUACUUAACUGCACACAGUUGCUGCAGACCUAAUAGUUGGCAGCAUAGAAAGCAGUACAAAGAAUUCUGAUUCUAGGCAUUUUCACUUGAAAUAGUCAUUUUGAAGAUAUACUCUGUGUGUUCUGUGAGCUUCAUUGACAUAUUGUCUGACGUUUUUUGGCUUUUGUGGUAAAUGGGAUGUAUGCUGCACAAACUACCCAACAGAUGUGAACCACUGUUUGAAAGGAAUUUUAAUAUGUAGCCAACCUACUAUAUUCUUUUUUUUUUAAUGAAUAUGAAUCAAACAAGAAAUUUAGACUCAAGAAGGCUUACCUAGAAGUCUGCAUUAGCUUUUAAUGUUUAUACAAAUGAACUAAGUAGCAGUGGUUUACAGAAGAGGAAGUCCUUUUCACAGUGUCAAGCUGCCCACAGAUUCAAAAUGGACAGUUUAGAAGAACCUCAGAAGAAAGUCUUUAAGGCUCGAAAAACGAUGAGAGUGAGUGAUCGUCAGCAACUUGAAGCCGUGUACAAGGUCAAAGAAGAACUGUUGAAAACUGAUGUCAAGCUGUUAAAUGGCAACCAUGAAAAUGGAGAUUUGGACCCAACCUCACCUUUGGAAAAUAUGGAUUACAUUAAAGACAAGGAAGAGGUGAAUGGCAUUGAAGAGAUUUGUCUUGAUCCUGAAGAAAGUAAAACAGAAUGGAAAGAAACACCCUGUAUCCUAAGUGUUAAUGUAAAAAACAAGCAGGAUGAUGAUUUAAAUUGUGAACCUUUGUCUCCCCAUAACAUAUCUCCAGAACCAGACUCUAAACUGACUGCUGAACCAGUUUCUGGUGAUCCAGCCACUGGUGAUCUAGAUGCUGGAGAUCCAACCUCUGGAGUACUGGCCUCUGGUGAUUCCACCUCUGGUGAUCCCACCUCUAGUGAGCCCUCCUCUAGUGAUGCUGCCUCAGGUGAUGCAACCUCUGGUGAUGCCCCUUCUGGUGAUGUCCCCUCUGGUGAUGUCACCUCUGGUGAUGCCACCGCUGAUGAUCUCUCCUCUGGUGAUCCCACCUCUGGUGAUCCCAUCCCAGGUGAACCGGUCCCUGUUGAACCCAUUUCUGGUGAUUGUGCCGCUGAUGAUAUAGCCUCUAGUGAAAUAACUUCUGUUGAUCUGGCUUCUGGAGCACCAGCUUCCACUGAUCCAGCCCCUGAUGAUCUGGCCUCUGGUGAUCUAUCUUCUAGUGAAUUGGCCUCUGAUGAUUUAGCCACUGGUGAACUGGCCUCUGAUGAGCUGACUUCUGAAUCAGCCUUCGAUCGUACCUUUGAACCAAAUACUGUACCAGUUUGUGAACCAGUUCCUGAAAUUGACAAUAUAGAACCAAGUAGCAAUAAAGAUGAUGAUUUUCUUGAAAAAAAUGGGGUUGAUGAAAAAUUAGAGCAAAUCCAGAGUAAAGACUCAUUGGAUGAGAAAAAUAAUGCUGAUAAUAAUAUUGAUGCUAAUGAAGAAACUCUAGAAACAGAUGAUACAACUAUUUGUUCAGAUCGACCCCCUGAAAAUGAAAAGAAGGUAGAGGAAGAUACUACAGAGCUUGCUCUUGGAGAAGAUGCUAUAUCUAGCAGUAUGGAAAUUGACCAAGGUGAAAAGAAUGAAGAUGAAACUUCUGCAGAUCUUGUAGAAACCAUUAGUGAAAAUGUUACUGAAGAUGACAAAAGUGAGAAUAUCUUAGAAAAUACAGACUCUAUGGAGACAGAUGAAAUCAUUCCUAUUUUGGAAAAGCUUGCACCUUCUGAGGAUGAACUUACUUGCUUUUCUAAAACAUCUCUCCUUCCAAUCGAUGAGACAAAUCCAGAUUUGGAAGAGAAAAUGGAAAGUUCUUUUGGUUCACCAUCUAAACAAGAAAGUAGUGAGAGUUUGCCAAAAGAAGCAUUUCUGGUCCUCUCUGAUGAAGAGGAUAUUUCAGGUGAAAAAGAUGAGUCUGAAGUUAUAUCGCAAAAUGAAACAUGCUCUCCAGCAGAAGUAGAAAGUAAUGAAAAGGACAGCAAACCUGAAGAAGAAGAGCAAGUAAUACAUGAAGAAGAUGAAAGACCUUCUGAGAAAAAUGAAUUUUCCAGACGAAAACGUUCUAAAUCAGAAGACAUGGACAAUGUACAGUCUAAACGUCGUCGAUAUAUGGAAGAAGAAUAUGAGGCAGAAUUUCAAGUAAAGAUUACGGCCAAAGGAGACAUUAACCAGAAACUUCAAAAGGUUAUACAGUGGUUGCUGGAAGAAAAAUUGUGUGCGCUGCAGUGUGCUGUAUUUGAUAAGACUUUGGCAGAAUUGAAAACACGAGUGGAAAAGAUUGAAUGUAACAAGAGGCAUAAAACAGUUCUCACUGAACUACAGGCCAAGAUAGCCAGGCUAACCAAACGCUUUGAAGCAGCCAAAGAAGAUCUUAAGAAAAGACAUGAACAUCCACCCAACCCACCAGUAUCACCAGGAAAAACUGUAAAUGAUGUCAACAGCAAUAAUAACAUGCCUUACAGAAAUGCAGGCACAGUGAGACAGAUGCUGGAGUCCAAAAGAAAUGUAAGCGAGAGUGCACCACCAUCCUUUCAAACUCCUGUGAAUACAGUAUCUUCAACCAAUCUUGUCACUCCUCCAACAGUUGUCAGUAGUCAACCUAAAUUGCAGACUCCAGUGACUUCGGGUUCCCUCACAGCAACGUCAGUUCUUCCUGCACCCAAUACAGCUACUGUAGUUGCUACUACUCAGGUGCCUAGUGGAAAUCCUCAACCUACAAUCUCUUUACAACCUUUGCCAGUGAUUUUGCAUGUACCUGUUGCAGUAUCCUCCCAGCCUCAGCUUCUACAGAGCCAUCCAGGGACUUUGGUGACUAAUCAACCAUCUGGCAACGUUGAAUUCAUUUCUGUGCAAAGCCCACCUACAGUGAGUGGUCUUACCAAAAAUCCAGUAUCCUUGCCAUCCUUGCCAAAUCCCACUAAACCAAACAACGUUCCUUCUGUGCCCAGUUCUAGUAUUCAAAGGAACCCUACUGCCAGUGCUGCACCAUUGGGAACAACACUUGCGGUGCAGGCUGUUCCAACGGCACACUCUAUUGUACAAGCCACAAGGACUUCUUUGCCCACAGUGGGCCCAUCAGGACUCUAUAGUCCAUCAAAUAAUCGAGGUCCUAUACAGAUGAAAAUUCCAAUUUCUGCAUUUAGUACUUCGUCUCCUGCAGAACAGAACAGCAAUACCACCCCAAGAAUUGAAAACCAGACAAACAAAACAAUAGAUGCUUCUGUCAGUAAGAAAGCAGCUGAUAGCACAUCACAGAGUGGAAAAGCCACUGGCAGUGAUUCAGGUGGUGUCAUUGAUCUCACAAUGGAUGAUGAAGAGAGUGGAGCUUCACAAGACCCCAAAAAGCUAAAUCACACUCCUGUAUCAACCAUGAGUUCUUCUCAGCCUGUGUCACGACCACUGCAACCCAUACAACCAGCACCACCUCUUCAGCCAUCUGGGGUGCCAACAAGUGGACCAUCUCAGACCACCAUACACUUACUACCUACAGCUCCAACUACCGUGAAUGUAACACAUCGUCCAGUAACUCAGGUGACCACAAGACUCCCUGUACCAAGAGCUCCUGCAAACCACCAGGUGGUUUAUACAACUCUUCCUGCACCACCAGCUCAGGCUCCCUUGCGAGGAACUGUUAUGCAGGCUCCUGCUGUUCGGCAGGUCAAUCCCCAAAAUAGUGUUACAGUUCGAGUGCCUCAAACAACCACGUAUGUUGUAAACAAUGGACUAACCCUGGGAUCCACAGGACCUCAGCUCACAGUGCAUCACCGACCACCACAAGUGCAUACUGAGCCGCCACGCCCUGUGCACCCAGCACCCUUACCAGAAGCUCCGCAACCACAGCGUGUGCCCCCAGAAGCUGCCAGCACAUCUCUGCCUCAGAAGCCACACUUGAAGUUAGCACGAGUUCAGAGUCAAAAUGGCAUAGUGCUGUCAUGGAGUGUCCUGGAGGUGGAUCGAAGCUGUGCCACUGUUGAUAGCUACCAUCUCUAUGCUUACCAUGAGGAACCUAGUGCCACUGUGCCCUCACAAUGGAAAAAGAUAGGGGAAGUCAAGGCACUUCCCUUGCCCAUGGCAUGUACUCUCACCCAGUUUGUAUCUGGUAGCAAAUACUACUUUGCAGUACGAGCCAAGGAUAUUUAUGGACGUUUUGGGCCUUUCUGUGAUCCUCAGUCAACAGAUGUGAUCUCUUCUACCCAGAGCAGUUAAACCUUGGAGCCUUUAUAUUUUCCUCUUUUAAAAUUUCCACCUUUUGGUCUUGUUUUUAAUCUUGUGCAUGAUACCCCAUGUAAAAUCCACCUUGUGCAAGAUUCCUUGGACAGAUGUGUGUAUACACUACAUUUGUUUAUAACCAGAAGCAAAAUAAACUCAGCCCACAAAGCUAGAAUCUUUUCCUGGACAGUUUAGGCUUUGGGGGUUGGAAAUGUAAAUGUGUACCUUGCUUUAGUUUUGAGGCUGGGGAAUAUGUGUGGGUGUUUAUGUGUGUUUUUCCCUAUGUAUGUGUUACUGCAUUGGAGUCUCCCAUUUUUAUUCUCAAAUUUACCUCUUAAAGUACGAAGUAGUAGAUCAAAGGAUCUGAGAUGUGUAACUGGCAUGAUUCUGCUUUUAAAGGAUCUGUAGGAUCAUUUUAAUUAAAUGGUUUAAACAGAAUCAAAACAAAACCCAAAGAAAUGAAUUAAAAACAAAAUGGCUAAAUAGUUUAAAAUAGGUUGAUUCGAACACAGGAAAGGAUCUAUUUGUUGUUUCUUUUGUCUGGUCUCCUAAGUUGUUAAUUAGGUUAAAAAAGAUCUGCAAUGGCCCCCUCCCUUUCCUGAUCUGGCUUUUACAUUUAUUUUGUGCCUUAAAGAUUAACUAUAAAAAUAAACAUGGCCAAAAAUAAAUAAACAUGGCCAUAUGUCCAUGGUUGCUUACUCUUCCCUUGCAGCCUUUUUACCCUUGAUUUCUUGCACACCUCCUCAAGUAAUAUUUUUAUUUUAUUUUUUUUUUAGAUGGAGUUUCGCUCUUGUUGCCCAGGCUAGAGUGCAGUGGCACAGUCUCAGCUCACUGCAACCUCCACCUCCUGGGUUCAGGCAAUUCUCCUGUCUCAGCCCGAGAGUAGCUGGGGUUACAGGCGCCUGUCACCAUGCCCGGCUAAUUUUUGUAUUUUUAGUAGAGAUGGGGUUUCACCAUGUUGGCCAGGCUGGUCUCAAACUCCUGACCUGAGGUGAUCCACCUGCCUUGGCCUCCCAAAGUGCUGGAAUUACUGUUGUGAGCCACCGUGCCCAGCCUACUCAAGUGAUUUUUAAACCAAGGUGUCUGUGUGUACAUGGAGGUAUUUGUACACACACGCACAGAUGCGCAUGCACAGUCUCAUCGUAGCCGGGCAUGGUGAUGGCAUCACAUUUAACUCCAAAAAUUUGACGUGCUAUUUUCUUCUAAAACUGUAGAUGCUUUUAUUUUUGGUCACUAUUUAACUUUGUGUAAAGUGGACCAAGAGAAAACCAUAUUGUGGAAGAAAAUUUUUCACGUUUUAGUAUCCGUGUUGCACACUGUGUUAGAGAUUAUGAAAAUGAUUCUAGUUCAGUUUAUUACCCAAAGCUAUCACCCAAUACUAAUUCGUUAGUAUUCUUUCAAAGGAAGCAAAUAGAAAGAUUCACAAUAUAGAAUGAGCUAAAAUAUCAAGGAGAAAGUUUCAUUUCCUCUUUAUUCUCACAUCGUCCUUCCUGUUUUAACCUUUUAACUUUGUUUUGAUGGUGCCAAGUUGAGUCUGAUGUACCCAUUGUUAGCUUUGGAUAGAAUUUAAAGUAUAUCCCAAAAUUAGCCGGGCAUGUUGGUGCAUGCCUGUAACCCCAGCUGCUCAGGAGGCAAGGAGAAUCGCUUGAACCCGGGAGGCGGAGGUUGCAAUGAGCUGAAAUUGCACCGUUGCACUUCAGCUUGGGAGACAAGAGCGAAACUCUGUCUCAAAAAAAAAGAAUUUAUAUUCUUUGAGGUCAUUUUAUGUAACAAUUAGAUAUAACCUCCUGUGUAUCUCUCUGUUCCUCUUCGAAGUUAUUAAAAUUCAGCUUAGGUCAUGGAUUUUUAAUAUGAGGGCCAGCUGUACUGGUGUCAGGUAGGUGUUUUGAGUGUAGAUAGUUUAGGACUGGAGGGCUGGGUUAAGUUUUAGGAGUGAGAAUGUGCUUGAGAAUAUUUUGAAAGGAAUUUAUGAAGUUUGUGAAAUAACUUACAAGUCCUCUUCCUUUGCAAUAUUUGAAUUCCAUUUUUCUACCUUCUCAAAAUAGUCAUUCAUUUUUCCUAGAAUUGCAGGAGGGAGCUCUCUCUUUUAUUAAUGUUGUUUGUUUGCAACUUUGAUGGCUUAUAAUAGGAAAUUUUCUAGUUGUAAAGAAAACUCUUUAGAGACUUUUGACUGGUCAGUAUACUAUCAUCUGAGGUGUAAGAUUUGAUUCAUGAUGAAGAAAGCCUAUAGAUUGCCAAAAAAUUAAUGCUCCAAACCUCCUUUCACUCUCAGAAAAUGAGACCACAAAGGAGUAUGCUAUAAAUCAAAUUUGCCAACCAACUAUGUAGAUAUUACUCAUUCUAGGACUAAUGAUGAUGCUAAAGAAGUUGCCAUUGUUAUGGCAAUGAAAAUUUUAAAAGGAAGGAGUCGGUGAUCUUCUAGAUGUAUAUGAACACCUGUCUAUAUCUGCAUGUGUAUGUUUUGACCUGCAGUGGUUGCAGUGUUGAUUAUGUGUUCAAGAUUAUUCCUGUCUACAAAAUUGAAGGCCCUUGUUCAAAUUGUUCUUUAUUGGGUGUUUUUAUGGUCACGUGGUUAGUUUUUUUACAUAACCUACAAAAGGUUCUCUUGAUGAACAUUUUUAUUUAUAUUUGCUAAUUUUUUUUAAAAAAAGCUUUCAUAGCAUUAUUUAAUCAGAUGAAGAAAGCCCAGUAGAAUUUUCUUAAAAAAAUUCAUUAUCCUAGCCUAUAUUGUUUUCUGUCAAAGGAAAACAAAUUCUCAAAUAGCAAUUCUAAAAACAGAUUUACUAAAGUAAAAUAAUUACUUAAAAUGUUUUAUUCCAGUUGGAAGGAAGGUACAGGGAGAGAUCACAAUUAUUUAGGGGAAAAGUAUAUUAUAAGAUGGUGUACUCAAAUUAGCCUACCAUGGCACGUAGGGGCAGCAGCUAUAUUAGAUUUACUAGAGGUGCUAGGUUAGAACACUAGGUUUUUAUUGAGGCAGGUUUUAAUAUUGAUAGAUGCUUUUUGUUUGGUUUGCUGCUUCUGGGAGAGAGAAUGGAGGACUUGAGUAGUAAGUAGCUACUGAUAACAGACUUUCUAGUAGCAGUUUCCACUCCGCAGUUAACUUUUUAGUUUCAUAGUAUCUUUUCACAAAGUACUACAAAUAAGCUAGAUUCUCCCAUUUUGGGAAUGCAAGUUUUACAACAUUUUUAGCCUGGCAAUAUUUGUGUAGGUAUUGCCUUAUUGGAAAUUCUGGAAACCUGAUACUGCAACCUGCAAUGUAGGAUGUUUGUAUGGCAUUUAAAGAUAACGGUGAUGUUUAUUAUUCUAUACUUUGCAUUCUGUGAGAGUAAUUUUCACUGUCUUAAGUGUGAGUAAGCCUCUUCUAAAAAUCCUGUUCUUGCUAAGAAAUUUAUAAAUUACAUACAAAGACAUCUGUUGUUAACAGUUAAUUUUAUGAGGUAACUAUAUCCUUGUAUUUCUCUGGAUUCAUUUUUUAAAAAUAUGCAGAAUACUGCAUACUGUUUAACAUAGUAUAUACAUUUAUGAGAGAAGUGGAGAGCUUUCUUCCUUGAAAAGUCGGUAUUCGUUGAGAUAUCAUUUGCCUCACAGAGAGGUGUUCCCCACUCCCAUCCCCAUUGCCAGAUAAUAAAUACUUUGAAAAAGUGACCUAAAACAGCUUAAAUCUUAGGUGCAUCUAUCUGCAGACCUCCUUAAGUAGGCUGCGUCUUACAGUUCUCUUACUGCAUUGGGUAAGUGUUAACUUUGUUGUUUGUUCUUUUGCUUUAAAUAUUCUCCAAAUUACCAUUUAUGCAACAAGGUCAGGGUUAAUACUGCAUGGUAUUCAUUUAUCUUGUUUCAUGAACUUUCCAGUACUGUACAAGGUUAACAAAGUAAUGCCUGUGGUAUCCUCAUCUCUCACUUUUUUACACUGUGAUCUUAGCACAGUAAGGUACUGCAAAGACCUUCCUUCCAAAUGUUCUCCUUGACUUUACUUCUUGGGCCAAUUCAGUAUCCUCAACAUCCUAUGAUUUUGUUGUUUUAUCACUGACCUGUGGUUGGCCUGUUUUAUCCUAAUUUCCAGAAAAAUCAAGUCGUAGUAUUUGCAAUAUCAAAUAACUGUCUAAAACCAAUAUGUGAUUCUACCUUCCUUAUUAUUUUUACUGGGCAAAUGCCCUAUUUUUUUUUUUUUUUUUUUUUUAACUUUUGGGACACACACACAAAUCAGCAAUUCUCAUGAAGCGUUUGUUAGCGUGGCAGACUUGUCUAAUUCCUGAAACUCAUUCAUCCCCUUGAGCCAGCCAAUGGGGAGGAAUAGGAUAAUGUAAACACAUGUUUUGUUUUCUCAUUUUCAAAUAAUUUACCAUGUUAAAAUAAACUUUUGUUUUUUAUUUGUAGAGUCAGCUAAGUACCCAUAUUUAAAUGCUGUCUUUAUCAUUUUUUUGAGGUUUUUGUUUUUGUCUGUUUCUUUGUUUUGUUUUUGUAAAUAAGGUAACUGGGCAAUCAAACACCUUUUGGGGAUUCUGGCUUUAGUAUUUUAUCAGCCAUUUCAAAAUUAAAUAUAAAAAUCCUUUGUAAGUAACUUGCAUCCUAAUUUUUCUUUAUUGCAGUUGAAAGUGUAAAUAAUAAGACAAUGUAAGUAAGACCUUCCUAAUGUCUAAUACAAACUGGGCUGUAGCAAGUGGCCCUAUUUUUAUUAGAGUUUUGAAGGUUUGUAUGUGUGUGUGUGUGUGUGUGUGCGCGCGCGUGUGUGUGUUUUUCUUUUUUAAAUGUAUAGUAGAGUGGUGUCUGUAUAAGUGUUAACUGUAGUGGGGUUUUGUCCAGCAAGCCUGAAAUUUAUACUUUGAAAUAAAACUACUGGGUUUUUAACAUU